AUGGGCGACUCCGGCGGCUCCAAUGCCGCCUCCCAGCACGAGCAGGUGGCCACCUCGCACAGGGAAUGGGACCGCUUCCUGCAACGCUGCCUGCUCCAGCGCCUCGAUUUUGACAAGUUUACCGAGUACGCGCCCUUGCUGCACGCUCGCCACCCCCUGGGCCCUGCAGCCGUCGCCGACCUCGUCCUGCGCCCGACCUCGUGGAACAAGUACACCCUCGACCCGCGCGUGCCCCACUACAUGCAGACGCUGCUGGACCUCGGCCUGGUCGACACGCCAGCUAUCCUCGCCGCGCUGUAUCGGUACUCGACGUGUCACGUACUAUUGGGCGCAGAUCCACAACGGAAGCAGGGCGACGGCGAGGCGGACGGUGGUGGCGACAAGCUGGCCGAGGCGGGGCAAAAGAAGGAGGUGAUACGCUGGCAGAGCAGCUUCUCGUCCGAGGAAGUCAUCUUCUACCGCCUCACCAAGGCCGUGGCCCAGGGGCUGGCCAUCAAGAACAGCCGUGAUGCACUGGACGUUAGCGCCGUCAUGGCCAGGUGGAUGACGUUGUUCACGGCCGCGAGUGCGGCUUUCCAGGCCGAUGACGAGGAUGUCAUCAUGGGUGGCGCUGGCAACAAAGCCUCGCAGCAGAAGAGAGACGACAUGGACAACUCAAGGGCAGCGUUUGUGAUGCUACUCUUGGGUGUUUGUGAGAACCCGGUCUUGCUGCAGGCACUGGGCAAGCCGUUCGCGAAAGGUGCCCGCAAGGCCCUCUCGCAGAGCCUUGCCAGCUUUAUCCCGUCUAUCAUGCAGAAUGCUUCCCAGAUAGCGGAGCGGUUAGAGCUUUUUCGCACCGAGACGCUGGCUGGUUUUGAGCCGAUCGAUAAGAAGAAGGAAGCCGCCAACGCCGAAAUGGACGAGCUUCUCGACGAGACCCUGGGCCUGCAGAGUCUCGCAAUACCGGACCUGCACGUUGAUAAGUCUCGCGCAGGGCUCUAUAUCUAUCUUAAUGCCGCGCUUGUGGGAAGGCCUUUGAUCGACGAUGCGUCAUUCUAUAGUUAUUUGCAUAACAGAUAUCAGGGAGACAUUCAACUAACCGCAAUUGAUCUCAUCCUCGCGUCCUUCGACGUGCUCGCCAAUGCUAUCUUCAAGAACGAGGGCCAGAAGACGGCGAAUCUGAUAAGGUCAUACCUGAUCAACAAAGUGCCGCUCAUUCUGGCUUCCUUCGCAGCGUCGGCGCCAAUGUACCCAUUCAACUCGGAGUUGUGUAUUACCAAUGCACUGAGCCGGGUAGACACCAACACAUUCCCAACACUGACAUCUCUCUUCGAAAACAACCUUAGCAGUAACCCCUUCACGGAAUCGGUCCGGUCAGACUUUGUCACGGCGUGUUGUCUGCACGGCCUUGUCCCGGAGACGAGCAUUGAUAAGCUCAUUGGCGACUACACGUACCAGACCCUGCCGGCGGGUGGGCGUUACCACAAGGACACCCUCGUGCAAGAGUGUCUCGCCGACCCAGCCCAGGAGCGCGUACAGAAGCUUAUCACGGAGCUUGAGAAUAUGGACGGCAACGUCGGCGCUUGCUGCCAGGCCUUGACGGAGAUGCUUGGAAGACUUUGUUCAAAUAAAGAGACAAUGUCGCUGAAGACGCUGUGUUCGAAACUGGUGGGGAAACCCCUGAACCUCGACGUUCUCUUGCUAUUUGACAAGCCGACGACUAUUCUCAGCCCUCUCUGUGACCUGCUGGAUAACUGGAGGUACGAGGAUGACCAAGGCGAGUAUCAACCGGUCUAUGAGGAAUUCGGCUCUAUUUUGCUACUUCUACUGGCAUUUGUCUACCGCUACAACCUGUCCGCGUCCGACCUUGGAAUCCGGUCGGCAGACUCGUUCGUCGCAAAGCUUCUCGCUAAAGGACAGCUCAGCCGUCCGCUGGACGAGCUCAAUGAGCAGGAGAAGAACCAGCUCAAUGGUUGGAUCCAUGGUCUCUUUGAUACAGACGGAGGAGGUCUAGCCGACGAGUUGCUCUCAGCCUGUCCACCACAAGAUCUUUAUCUCUUGAUACCAACUCUGUUCCAUAAUAUUGUUCUGGCUUUUAGCACUGGCUAUCUGACAGAGGAGAGUCUCAAGACUGGCAUCGAAUAUCUUGUGGAGCCUUUCCUGGGGCCGUCCCUUGUGACGGGCAUCAUGUAUCUUUCGAAUUGCCUAUGGACCGACCGGCCGGAAGAAAAUAGGGCCACGAUCAAGAUCCUGCAGCUUAUUAUCAAACCAAGCCAGAAGAUGUCGCCAGAGUCUUCCGAUAUGCUCAACACGGUGAGAAACAUUGUUGCGAAACCCCUGGAGAGUGGACUGCGAACGUAUCAGAGGCAGAACCCCAAAAGCCAAGACGUCGAGCCUCUCUUGCAGGUUCUCAAAAGCAACAUCGAGCUGUCCAGGCGCACGGGUGCCGCGGGCGACAAGGAGCUCGAGCAGUGGACGAGCAGUGGCAGCGGUGGUCUCACAGCAAGCAUUAAAAAUACAUUCCAGAACCUCACGAUGUGGUCUCUGAACCCAGGUGUCAUGCCGACAGCAUACGCACACCGCCAGAUUCUGGUCGGGCUCAAGUUGAUGGGCGCCCGGAGGCUGCUCCGCGCCAUCCUCGAGGAGCUCAAGCAACUGACCGAGACGGGCAACGGCAGCAUAGCUUACGAUGUCGCCAUCGCGCUGGUGUGCGCGCCGGACGCGUUCCAAGUCGCCAACGACGCCCAGCCGGCGUCCAUCCUGGACGAGGCGGGCCAGGUGCCGCCCACACCGCAGCAGCGUCGCCUGUCGCUGCGCGAGGCGCUCAAGUGGGAGGCCGAAGAAUGGAAGAAGAUCCAGAAGAAAGACCUGGUCAUGGCGGAGACGGUGGUCCGGCUGUACCAGAAGGCCGAGGCGCAGAUGGCGCCAACGGCGGCCAUGGAUGCGCUCCCGCACGACGCCGGGGCAGCCGCCAUGGCCAACGCGCUUGUCGACGACGCCGCUGCCGUCACCGCGGCAGCAAGCCAGCUCGGGAUGGACGACCCGAUGGCGCUUGACGCUGGGGCAGCGGCGGGCCUGUCGCUGGACCUCGGAGCCGGCGGUGGAGACUUGAACCUCGGUGGCUCUGGGGCAGAUUCGACAGGCGGGCUGGACCUGACUGGCGGUGAUGACAUGUUCAGUGCGCUUGGGCCGUUGGAUGGAUGGGAUAGCAUGGAUUUGACUUGA